CUUCCGUGUACACUUGCCACACUUGCAGUUCCUUCGUGUUGCCUUCUCUUGACCAAACAAGCUCCUUCUAAACAUUUUCAUCGGACGUCACUGAAGAACAUCUUCACCCUGAGAGACACGAUCCCCCACACUCUAAACAGGAGUUGGCGAUGUUUUACACAAAACAGGAAACGGAGCCAGACACCCCCUACAUUAAAGAAGAAGAACAGGAACAUGAAAUCAUUGCAGUGACUGUUGGUGUGAAGAGUGAAGAAGAUGAAGUUCUAAGCGAAGAGAGUGAAGCAGCGAAAUCUUCGAGCAACAGCUCAUUUCAGGUCCUGACAACAAAAGGAGAAGGACGAUUGCAACCGGACGGGCUUCUAGCUCCGCUUUCUGACAGUGACAACUUAACGUCACACUCUUCUGACACUAAUGAGGAGGAAGAUGACUUUGACCAAAAUGCUUUAAAAUCCUUAAACAGGUCAUCAUUGAAAAGAGCAAAAGAAUUUGCGGGUGGGAAACAGUUUGCCUGCACAUUUUGCGGCAAAGGAUUUUCUCGGAAGGGUCUGUUAGAAAGACACACGCGUACACACACUGGAGAAAAGCCUUUUAUCUGCACACUUUGCAACAAAGGAUUUUCUCGGAAGGCUGUGUUAGAAAGACACAUGCUUACACACACUGGAGAGAAACCUUUUGUCUGCACACUUUGCAAUCGAAGAUUUUCUCAGAAGUCUCAUUUAAGAAUACAUACGCGUACACACACGGGAGAAAAGCCUUUUGUCUGCACAUGUUGUGGUAAAAGAUUCGCCGAAAAGGGAUAUUUAAACCAACACGCAAUCACACACAGUGGAGAGAAGCCUUUCGCCUGCUCACUUUGCGAUAAAAGAUUUUCUCAGAAGAUUCUGUUAGAAAGACACAAGCGUACACACACUGGAGAAAAGCCUUUUGUCUGCGCACUUUGCAACAAAAGAUUUUCUCUGAAGACUAAUAAAGAAAAGCAUAUGCGUACACACACUGGAGAAAAGCCUUUUGCCUGCACAAUUUGUGAUAAAAGAUUCACCAAGAAGGGAAAUUUAAACCAACACACAAUCACACACAGUGGAGAGAAGACUUUUGCCUGCUCCUUAUGUGACAAAAGAUUUUAUUGUCAGUCUCUGCUGACAAGACACAUGCAUACACACACUGGAGAAAAACCCUUUGUUUGCACACUAUGUGACAAAAGAUUCACAGAGAAGCGAAAUUUAAACAGACACGCAGCAACACACACUGGAGAGAAACUUUAAACAGACACGCAGCAACACACACUGGAGAGAAACCUUUUGGCUGCUUACUUUGUGAUAAAAGAUUCGCUCGUAAGAGAGAUUUAGUGUGGCACACAAGAAGCCACACUGAGGAAAAACCUUUGAAUUGCAGUGUGUAACAAAAAAUAUUCAAAUUCUUGCCACACAUUUAGAGUGGAAAAAGCUUUUCGAUUUUCUUAUUUACUUUCCCCUUAUCUUAAUCGAAUGAUUUUGGUUUAGGUUAGGUUACUUCAUAUCAAGCUUGAUCCCAACAGCUUGAGCUGUUGUGUUUUAUAUUAAGACUUUUCUGCUACUUUGAUUAACACAGGUUUAGCUUGUGUCUCCUCUAUUUGUUGCUUUUGUAAACCCUGUUGUAAAGUGACCAUGAGUGUCUUUCAAAGAGCCAUAUUACUGAUUUGUCUUGUUAUUUUUAACUUUACUCCUUGCCACUAGGGGCUGUCAAUCGUGUCUUUCCACUGAUCUUGAGUCAGCCCCGGGAGGCUUAAAAUGACAGCUAAUCAUGACACAGGUGUUGGGCAAAAGAGUUUUUGACUAGGGCUUAGUGCUAGAAUGGAAUGUAUUCAUUCUGUUUGCUCCGUUUUGAAUACGUUUUUGAGCUUUUGAUUUGUUACUUUUAUUUGGAUAAAGAGCAUUUGAGUUAAGUUACAAGACGCCUCCAAAAUAAACUAUUGGA